UGUGGAAAAGUGCUCCAGGACGGGGCGGAGGCCCAAGUCGCACUUUACUGCAAAUGCAAAAACUUUAGACAGGGAAUCAAUUGUUGUUGCCUUGUUUUAUUUCGCCCAAGACACGCAACAACAAUGGAGCAAUCCAGCCAAGGGAGGCUAAGAUGGAGGGCACUGAGAGAAAGGAUCUAGAACCAAAAGGAUUAUCCUUUUUAAAUGGCUUAUAUCUUUACUAAUGAGGGACUAAACUGAGGGACUAACCGAAGACUAAAAUCAACCAAUAUUUAAAAACUAUUUUAUAUUUUCCCUCAGUGUAGCCAGUAACUAGCAACAAAUGGGCAGUCGGCAGUUGGGGGCGUGACAGCAACCGUGAAAAGAACUCGAGGAUGACAGUUAUGGGUUACAAAGGCAAGGAUUGAAUCAAAUAAAUAAACGCGCAAGGUUCUCCUCGUCAUGGCGCGAGGUUCAGUGGGUCGGAUUGGGGCGGUUGUGCCAGGGAUUUAUAUGGGAUUCGAUUGAACGGGUUGUGUGGGAGGGGAUCUGAAUGGGGGUAACCUUACCACGUCCACGUCCAUGUCAAGUUUGCAUGCGGCUGCAGGUAAUUCCUCAUUUCACCCGCUUUACAUAAUCACAACAAAUGAAAGCGAGGAAAGCGACGGAUGGCGAAUCUAUUAGCAUAAGGGCGCAUAAAACGGCGCCGCCGGAGUCGGACUGGGCGGACUUGGAUACGGAUUCGGAAUCCUCCAGUCAGUUGCAGUGAAGCCGCGAGUCGCGAUGAACGUGUGGAAAGCAAAGGUGCUCACGGAGGUCCCCUUCGGUCAUGUUUUAAUCGUCAGCGGACGCGUCAAGCCGCAUCCCAAUAAAAUCUCCCUCGACCUCACAGACAAUGUGAACGCGCACAAUGAAAGUGAAACCGUGUUCCUCAAGAUCGAGGCCAACUUCCGCGAGGGCCAGAUCAUCCGCAGCAUGUUCCAGCCGGGCGAGGGCUGGCAGCAGGAGGAGAUCUCCAAGAACUGGAAGAGCGACGGGCCCAAGAAUCCUCUGCAGCCGGGCCAGAGCUUCACCUUCCGGGUGGCCGUUCUGCAGCGCUGCUUCGAGAUCUAUGUGAACGACCAGUUGUACGGGUCCUUUGAGUUCGUCAAGUUUCCCAAGCAGAUCAACUAUGUGCGGGCCUACGGGGACUUUGAGAAGAUAACCCAGUUCCACCACCGCAUGCUCUUCCCUUUGGUCUUCCCCCGGACGCUCAUGUGCCCGGACAAGGUGGCCUUCCAGAGCGACGUACCGAGGCGGUACGAAACAGGCACCGUGGUGGCCAUGGAGUGCAUUGCCAAGGGUCCGCCCACCUCGGAGUUCUCCAUAUGCUUCCAAUGCAACGACACUGGCAGAACCGUGCUUCGGUUCCACGUCAACUUUGACCGGACCACGGUCUCCAGGAGCUAUCAGAGGGAUGACAACAGUUUCGCCCCCGAUGACGAGGAGACCGAGGGCGAGUUUCCGUUCGUUCGGGGCAAGCUCUUCAAGAUAGCCUUCGGACUCGGAGACCGUGCCUUCUUGAUUGCCGUGAACGGGCAGUACUUCACCUACUACAACUUCCCAGGACGACCGUUCUCCAUUUCCACGUUGAAGUGCUUCAGCAACGAUGUUGGGGAUUUUGCAGUUCGCAGCCUGGAGUACCACUCGGACUCCCCGCUCUUGGCCCGCGUGGAGAAGCUCUCGAUUAUCUGAGGGGAUUGAUUUUCCGGAUCGGAUCAUCCAUGUUUAUAGUAGAACGCGCUUUGUUGAAUCGUUGGCUUUGAUCACCCUAAUCCAGCACCAGUUAACUUCUUCUUGUGAGCAUCCCAAUAAAGAAAAUCAGCU